AAUUAACAAACCUAAGUUUGAAAAAAAGUAAUAUACCUACAACUAUUAUUCAAUUGCAUCUAUGACAUAUUAUGUGGUGUUUUUUGUUGUUUCCAUUUUAGUUCAAUUUUCUUGUGGAGAUAAUGUUGCAAAUAUGGAAAAUGAUGGUUUUAAUCUGGAAAGCUUUUUAAAUAAUAGUAAUAUUUUAAAUAGAAUCAUGAACUGUAUUUUAGACAAAGGUCCUUGUUUUGGUCCUAUGGAAAAAUUAAAGAUGGAUUAUCAAAGAAAUUCAUCUAGUUUUACGCUCCAGAAUGAACGAAGUACGGCUCUGUGCACAGGAGAGAACAAUACAACAUCUGUGUGCGCACGCAAGGUAAGUUUUUGCAAAAUAACUGUGCAUGAUAUCGAAUAUAGGGUCCAUGUAGAUUACUCUAACCUAAAAACGAAAAAUCCAGAAUUGCGACUAGGUACUACUGCUACUGCUACUGCUACUGGUCCAUCUAACCCAGAAGAGCGUCCUAGAGGUGAACGACACGCUGAAAAUUAUAAGAGCAAUGUUGUGAAAAAUUAUAUUAUCAAAGGCAUAGAAUAUAUUAAUCAUAGAAAUCAAGUAAUUGCCGCUAAGAAACAAGAUACGGACGAAAUAGACAAAACAGUGGAAGAAAUAUUAGGUGAUCAAAUAUAUGGUUUAAUUGCCCUUUUCGAUUGCGAUCAAGAUGAGUCAGUCCUCAUGAAGAACAUGGAAAAUGAACUCAAUAAUUUGGAGCAUGAAAAAGAAAAUGCUGAGGUACAAAUCGUAACAAUAAUGCCAAAAGCAAAUGUAGACUAG